AAAAAAAUUAAUUAAUAUUUAACUAGUUUUAAAUUUUUAUUAUUUAAAUUUCAGUUUAGUUAUGUCACCACAAAUAUUUUAACUACGUAGUGUCCAGUUCAAGACAGAGCCAGGCAAAACUCACGUUUCGGUUUAACGAACUAACGAAGUCGACGUUCCUCUUCCCUCCGAACCGGAAAACCCUUCUGGCGGUCUGACCCCUGCCCGCCCGUCGAAGCGGCUCAAACAGAGCCCUGCUUGCUGCUCGGGGGACCAACCCCCACUUCUCGCACCUCCGGCGCCGGCGACCGCAACGCGACGACGAGCGAGAGACCUAUGAUCGAGAUCUACCAUUCGUCCUCCCUCCCUUCUCAUCUCGCCCUCCUCGCCGUCCUCUCCCUCUCCUCCUCUUACUUCCUCUGGAAAUGCCGCUGCCUCCGCCUCUACUCCCCCGUCCCUAACCUUAACUCUAACCCUAACCUCAGUGGAAAAGCUCUUCUUCGCCUCCCAGACAGGCACCUCCUGGGCGCCGGCGGCCUCGCCGACCGCUUCCGCGCGGCCGGUCUCCCUUCGACGUAGUCGAACCCCGCCGCGCCGGAGGACCUCCCCGAGGAAAUUCUCAUCCCGAACGUCGCUUCCACCUGGAAGGACGGGAAUCCCCCGUCCAACGCCGAGUUCCUCGCCCGGUGGCCCGCCGAGAGCGCCGAGGACUUCCGGGUGGGCUCGCUGCCUCUCUCCUGGUUCCGGCUCGCGGUGUUCUGCGUCAGGUCGAGGUCUUACGGCGAGAGCUUUAAUGCCGCUGCGAAGGACUUCUCGAGGUGGAUGAGGCCUAGGAGGGACGUGGGCAACGGAGACGUAGAUGGUGUUUUCGCUUCCUGGAGUCGGAAGGUUAUCGGGAAGACAGAAGUGCGCGAGAACUGUGGGCACUUGGCUUCUACACUAGAGUGCAGUGGCUUUGAUUCAGAAGAGGAGGAGGAGGAGGUCAUGGAAUCGGCUGUUGUUUUGGAGGACAUCGCCGGUAAAGCUCCUUCGAAAAUCGAUGGGGCUUUAUCUAAUGGAGGGCAAAAUGGUGACAAUGGUUUGAAUGAAAUGGUGUCACUGAUCACUAGGACAAGCUUAGAGAAGCAGGUAAUUGUGGAUAGUUUUGGCAGUGUCAGGAUUUGUACUUAUAUUUGUAGUGAAGUUAUGUUCUAUGGGCACGACUUGGAUACUGGCUCCAUAAGAUAUAUGUGUAAAGCAGGAACAGUUAUUAGAAUGUCUCUCUCUCCAAGGCAUUAUGCUUUAUCUGUGGUUGGUGAGUCAAUCAUGUACCCAGAGAUAAAUUCACUUAUUCAUGAGCUGCAGUGGAGACAUAUGUCUACCUUCCUUGUCAGAAAUGCACAAUUUCCAGAUAGGAUAAAGAUGUUUAUACCUGUCUCCCAUAUGCAGCUACAAAGACAGCCUGAGGGACUAUUAAAAGCUUUGCAUGACAAAGAACAGAGUACAGUUUACCAUUUAACAGUUAAAGGGUGGAAUGUGGAAGCUAUAGAUGCAUAUGCAAACUUACAAGGCAUUGGAAAACCAGAUUUAGCUGAAAUCAAAGGCAUCACAUAGUGUGGCUUGUCUGCCACCUCAAAAUUGGCAAUGGACGGUGCCCCCGGACAUUCUGAUGUUAAGGCCUUUUCAGAGGCUUUGGUGAUUAAAAGCAGUGGUGAAUAUGAGGUUGCUUGCGAGCAUGUUCGCUCCUGCUGUGGUCUUCUAGCAAAGGUUAAAAAGUUUAAGGUCAAGGGUCGAUGGUAUACAUGGAUGGAUUAUGAGCGGUUCCAUGAUUUGGGUGCUUCUGGGAAGCCUUUUAAAAUUUUUGAAGACUAUAUGGCUGCACCGUCCUGGGCUGUCGUAUAUUGUGCUGGGGAAGGUGGAUUUGAUCCGGAUCGAUCUUGUUAGAAAAAGGAGAGGCGCCAUGGAACCGCAAGCGUUAGAGGGCACCAGAAGCUUGGUUGGGGCAUCUAAACAAUGUUUCUGAAGCUAACAAGUUCUGCAAGAUCCAUUACCCUGUAUGCUUAUACUAUUAAGGUAUUGAUUUCUUUUGUAAAUUAGAUGUGUAUAAUAAUUUUUUCUUCUAUUUAGAAGAUACUACAAUCGAAACGACUUUUGCA